UCAAAGCGCUAUCAGUGCUGUAAGUGUUGCUAAAAUUACACAGGCGUUGUCUCGAUAUCAUUCGUGAAGCACCUAGUAUAUCUGAUAAGCCGCCUGAUAUCGCUAUCUGAGUCACAUACAUAGAUAGGACUAAAGCGAAAUAACCCAUAUCACAUUACAGAAAGUAUCCGUUCAAAUCAGUCAGGUUUUCGUUCAAUCAAUUAAUCUUACAUCUAGCAAUCUAUUUGGAAAGAAUAAAAAUUUAAAUUCCAUUGAAACAUUGUUUUUUUUGAUAACAAAAAUCUUAUCAACAAUUACAGACCAUCAAACUUAGAGCUAUGGUGACGUAAGAUGUUUAAAAUGAUGUGGGCGACGUGGAAGUGCGUGCUGGUGGUGCUCGGCUUGGCGAGUGCCCAGCGUUCCAUACCAACAGCCUGCGAAGAAGACGCUUGCAGAUGCGAUUCCUUCACUAGACUGAUAUGCCACUGCACUGGCGACUACCAGGAACUAACACUGAGAUCGGACGGAGCUUAUCGAAUACCGACCAUGGUGACUGCCGUGAUUGUUAACGGUUGCGACCGCGUCACGUUCUUAUCGGAAACUGUACGGAACCUCAUACAGCUGAGAACCAUACAGAUUGCUAAUGUGAACAACGUGGUCAUCAACGAACGAGCCUUGGCCUGGUCACCGAGGGACAACGAGAUGAAUCCCGGACUGAGAAUCAUGAUAUCUAACAGUACGGUCAGCGAAAUAUCAUCCCAUGGCGUACAAGGACGUAUUAAUAGUAUCAUUAUCAGUGACAGUUAUAUAAAUAACCUAAAGCCGUUCGCCUUCUCUAGCUUAACCGGUGUAUCGAACAUAGAACUCACGAACAAUGUAUUCGAUAACGUUGAAAUACAAGCGUUCAAGAAGUUCACAACAUCCAAUUUUCUAAUACGCGGCGGUUCCGCUAAAGUACUUCCCAGCAGAUUUCUAUCUGAUGUGGAAGUGACUGAUCUCUUACGCAUAGACGGAGUUACGGUUGUAUGUUUAUCUAGUUUAACAUUUCUUGUCAGUUUACCAAAGAGAGUUUUGAUUGAAAACAAUAACAUAGACAUUUUAGAAGGGGAUUGUUUUCGUGUGACGUCGAGAGGACCAAUCACCUUCAGAAAUAACACAGUAAGUACGAUAAGGAAAGGUGCGUUCUAUGGUUUCGCGGCGAGUCCAGAAGUGUUCUCGGUGACUGGACAUCAAGAGCUUUUGAUAGACAAUAAUACUGUCACUAAUAUAACACCCAUAUCGCUGAUGUACAACCGAACGACAUUAUCGCUGCGCAUCGAUGGACUGAAUCUCAAAUCGACGUGUGACUGCGACCUCGCCGAGGGCUGGCAAAGCGUUUUAAGCGAGCACGGAGGAAUCAUAAACUGCUGGUACGACUUGGAAGAACAUUUCGUGUCCAUACCUACGUACGUUGAUAGCCGAUGUGGGAAAUUCAAACAGACAUUUUGGAUUUUUGUUAUCGUAGGUGUUAUUAUCGUUCUAUUGGCGGCCGCCGUUGUGAUAUUUUUUAUUGUUAAGAAAGAAAACGAAAAGAAGAAGAAAAUCCAAAUAGUUAUGCCAGACGGUAAAACAUAUAGGGAGACCGAAUUUCAUAUAGUUGUAGAGAGAGCAGAGCUUUUAACUACGGACUUAUAAUUUCAAAUCAAUAGAUAGAUUCUUGUUACUGUUGUCUACACAAUCACAGCCGCCAGUGACAGCAUAAAAGUGUUUGACGCUUCGGUUGUGCAUUGUUCAACAAAAAAAUAAUAAUUCUACCUCAAAAUAAAAUUAUGAUAACAAUAAAAUAUUCAAUGAAAAAACCAGUAUUAUUAUAUACAGUGUUCGUUUGUAUGUUAUAAUUAAAAAGUUCCUGCACAUACAAGAAAUGUAACAUUUGUUUCGUUAGACGUUGUUAAAUUUUUAUAACUGAGUGUAUUAUAAUGCGAAAUAAUAUAAGCAAAUUUUUCAAUUCCUUCA